UUUUCAAGAGCAGACGGAGAAGAACGUGGUGCAAGUGGUUGGCAUGGGCUCAGUGGAGACUUUGACAGGCUCCCUGACGUCGUCUUCGUCCUCACAUGAACACAAUAAUAAUUAUGACGAGCAUACCCGCUUCGAGUUCUCCUUCACCAUGAAUGACGACAACCGAAAGAUGAUGCGAGAAAUCAGCGACAUCGAGGUCCUCCGGGAGGGCGACUCCUUCGCCAAGAUACAUAGAGAAGAACUCUUCGAGGAUACCGAACUCGUUGUGCCUUCAUCCCGGAGACCACACCAGAAGUCGUUGGUAGAGUUGGCCGGCGAGGUCCUCGCCAAGACCGAGCCUAUCUUGGCCGAGGCCAAGGGCAACCUUGAAGACUUGUCUAGUCGUAUAUCGAGUUCCUACUCCUCCUCCAGUCCUGUACAGGAUGAAUUUAUCACUAGUCACACCUUUUCCCAACCAUCAACACCUACGAAAUCGAGAUCGACGCUACCCCCCACUUCUACUCUCUUGGGCUUGUCAUGCGAAGAACUUCCCCGAUUAGAUAGCUCCCUUCCUAGUCCAGGUGGAAAGAGUGUUCAUUCACUCUCGUCCCUCUCACCCAAUCGAAGCUUCCUACAAAGAGCGUGGCUGCACACUCUUAGCCGAACCAAAAAGACCAAGAAACGCUCCCUUAAUGCGGCCUUUGAUGCCUUGCCACCCAAAGCCCCCAUUGCAUCCACACCAAACUCCAGAAGCAAACUCAGGAGCCAGAACAGGUCCGAAUUGGCUUUGCUGGAGCCGAUCCCUGCUCCGACCUCUUUACCGCAGAAGACGCCUUUGAUCCCACGCUCGAAUUCGGCGGGCGAGUCGAUCCCGCAUCGCUUGGACAACACUUCCCAGGACUUCAGGGAUGAUGAUGAGCAUGACAUCGAUGUCGAAGACGACUACUUGAACUCCUCUCAUCAGGUGUCUCAUGUGGCCACCUCGGACCUUCGCAAAAUUGAGCUCCAGGACAAGCUCAAGUCCGCUUCAGAGGUCGGAUUCUCAUGUGCGUUGCAGGAGGACGAAAGUGCCAAUGAGAUGGAAGUGAAACGAAUCCCGGAGCCCAUCUUCCAUCACCCUCAGAAUCUGCCGCCCACUUACGCCACACUUAGACAUGCGAAAAAUUCAACUGGUGGGAAUCCCCACUCACAGGGCUACUUCACUUUGGACCCUCGGAGACAGGGUUCCAAGCAUUAUAAGAAGUCCAUGAGGGACAAGUCUUUGCUCUAUGGGAUCAAACAGUACAAUCUGGAACCCAAGAGAGGUAUCGAAUACCUGUUGAAUGCCGGAUUCUUACCUGAAAACGACGCCAAGAGUGUCGCGCAGUUCCUAUUCCGAGAGGGUCGGUUAUCUAAACGGCAAAUCGGGAAAUAUAUCGGUGGUCAUGAAGAGUUCAACCGAGAGGUCCUUCACCAAUUCGUCCGAUGUCACGAGUUUACCCACCUCAAUCCUGUCCAAGCCCUCCGUCAAUUCCUGUGGAGCUUCAGACUCCCUGGUGAAGCUAUGCAGAUUGAUCGGCUCAUGGUUUCAUUUGCAAAUCGGUACUGUGAGCAAAACCCUAAGCUCUUCCAGAAUGUGGACACGUGUUACAUUCUGUCGUUCUCCAUCAUCAUGUUGAACACCGCUCUGCACAACCCCAACGUCAAGCCAAAGAUUACCAUAGAACAAUUCAUUAAACAGAACAAAGGCAUUGAUAGUGGGAGAGAUCUGGCGCCCGAUGUCCUGGAGCAAAUCUACAGAAGCAUCAAGGAGGAGCCCUUUAAAAUCCCCAACGAGACCUACGACGAUCUAAUGUACACUUUCUUCAGUCCUGAACGAGAAGGUUGGCUAAUGAAACAAGGCGGAAGCUGGAAGAAUUGGAAACGGCGAUGGUUCGUUCUCAGCGACCGUUGUCUUUACUAUUUCCAACAUACUGCCGAGAAUGUUCCCAAGGGAAUCAUCCCAUUAGAAAAUGUCAAGGUCCGAUUGAUGGACAACGUGGAUAGCAAGUCCUUCUGUUUUGAAUUGUACUCCGAGUGCACCUCUGUUGUCAAAGGCUGUAAGACCGACAACAAAGGCAAUGUUGUCCAAGGCAAGCAUAAGUCCUACAGAAUGUCAGCCAGUUCAGAAGAGGAACGGUCGGAUUGGGUCAAGGCCAUCAAAGGCUCCGCCAUCAACAAUGAGUUUGAAUUCACUAUUGCGGGCAAGAAGGCUGCUUUGCGACGAAUGAAGCAGAACCCUCUGUCCUUGCCGAACACGCCUCAGAAGCAAACUCCUGCUAAGCUUGGGCAAGGCCGGACGCCGGCUUUGAAGUCGAGUACGCCCCGGAAACUCCAUAUGGACGAUUCGACCACGCCCAUCCGAGAAUCGCAAGCUAUAUGAAUGGCACUCGCGGUCAUUUUUUCCUUAGCAUUUGAUGAUAUUAUAAUUAUUAUUAUUAUGGUGACGAUGAUGGAGAUCCUAGUUCUAUGAACAUAUGGGUUGCUCAACUAGCACGGAGUUCGUUAUUAGCACCUUUCUUACUCUUGACUGUCUGUCUCUUUUGCACUCAUUUUAUACUCAUUUUCCACUAUAUUUGUCAAAAUAAAACAUUACAUAUUCCAA